GGGAUUAUGACUAGCCUAGUGGAUUGUUGCUAUACCUGUACCUAAUUAAGCAGUCAGCUGCCCUUGGGCACCUUAUCAGGAGGGAGCUUCCCAUCCGUACACCUACAUAUAUGGCUACAUGUAUAGGUAGCUGCAUGUAUAGCUACAUGUACGUAUACUUGGCUGCUUGGUCUUGUUCCACCUCAUCCGGGCCAAAGUUAUGUCUACCAAAUUGUAGGUUCUUCGUACCGUAUACUUUCGUAGAAGGUUAGCCUGUUAGGCGCUGUCAGGUCUUAACUCCAGUCUUUCAUACCGCUACAUUGUUAGGUAUCAGCCCAAUAUCUUUACAUAGUAUGUAACUUCGUGUGCUUUUAAACUUGCAAUAACUUACCUAAACCCCAUUACUUCAUAGUAGAAGCCUAUCAUUGAUCUGUCAUAUUUCCUAUUUAUCUAUCUGCCUCUUUUUACCUAUAACUAACCCCCUACUCCUUAUUCUUCACAAUUUGAGUUCACUCGUCAAAUUUUGAUAAUGGCGGACUCGGGCACGAAUAGCUCUGUGAGCAUGACCGAUGUCCUUGAGGCCCUAAAGGGUAUUCAGGAGAACCAGGCCAAAUUAGCAUCAGAAGUCGAGUCUGUCUCCCUUCGACUUGAUACACUUGCUCCCCCCAUCCAAGUACCGAGUCUCGAUAAUGGUAAACUAUCAGCUCUCUCCGCUGGGGCCUCAGCAUCACCGAUCCGGACAACUUUAGCAGCUGACGAACCCGACUCGGGCGAUACCUCACCUACAACAAAAAAAGAUGCAGCUCAAGCACAACGCUCGGGGUUCACGUCUCGAAUUAUACUUACUACUUAUCCCAAGCAGAUUGGUAUUAAUCCACUUCCCCUUCAAUGGGGAGCCCCAGAUGCUCUCACUCGCGGCCCAGUGGUUGUAUCUAGGUCGUCGUCCACAAUUCGAAGGCGUAAUGGUAAGUAUGGUUAUGCUAAGUAUUGUUCACGGAACCUACCAGAUUUCACCAACACCGAACCAGCAGCCAAUAUCGGGCCCUUUCCUCAGUGGGGUGAUGAGAAAAAGAUUGUGGCCAUGGACCCCUGGGGUCACUUAGCUCCGUGGCUGUUUGCUGACACGAUAGAAAAGGAAAAUGUUGAUAUUCGUCCCACAAUCGCGAUAACUAAAGCUCAUAUGAAGCUUCCGGAACUAGAGGAGAGCGUUCGAAGUGGUAGACUUGUCCCCGAUGGAAAGGUCUGCCUGAAUGCCCAGGGUGAGCUUGCAGUGACUAAGUUCGCAGUCGAACCGGUGUGGUAUCUCCCUGGAGUAGCCGAAAGAUUUGGCAUAGACGAGGGAGUUCUAAGGCGCUCACUAUUUGAGCACACUGGUGGCGGGCUAACUGUAUAUUGCUUCGGGGACCCGGCGAAGAUGUCUGACGAAAAGUGCAGACUAGCCUUGCGUAUUCACGAUGAGUGCAACGGUAGUGAUGUGUUUGGCUCCGAUAUCUGUACUUGCAGACCCUAUCUUAUCUUCGGCAUCGAAGAAGCCGUCAAGGAAGCACAGAAUGGCGGUAGCGGCGUGGUCAUCUACUUCAGAAAAGAAGGACGUGCUUUAGGUGAAGUAACUAAGUACCUUGUAUACAACGCCAGAAAACGAGGAGAAGACCGUGCCUCAGACUAUUUCAAGAGGACCGAAAAUGUCGCCGGAGUUAAAGACAUGCGUUUCCAGGCCCUGAUGCCUGAUAUACUCCAUUGGCUCGGCAUAAAGAAGAUCGAUAGAAUGCUGAGCAUGAGCAAUAUGAAGUACGAUGCCAUCGUUGGCCAGGGUAUCCCUAUCCAUGAGCGGGUAGAACUCCCCGAGGAAUUAAUCCCCGCAGAUUCACGAGUUGAGAUAGAUGCCAAGAUUACUGCCGGAUAUUUCACGAACGGCAACAGGAUGACGGCCGAAGAAUUGAAAGCCGUUCAGGGACGGAUGUGGGACGACAUCGAUCACUAAGUACUCCAACUGAGCUGGCUCUGGCUUGCCCUUUACAACCGGCGUAGGAGUUAGUUAAAACUACGUACCUACCUAGGUGCCUACCUGUUAUACUAGGUAGUCACUAAAUGAAAAACCUGAAAUGGCCCAGAA